GGCAGCGAUGGCGUGGAGUCCGUCUUCGAGAUGACCUUCGUUGUGGCAGAAGGCGCAACGGCCACGUGGCUGCUGCAGGAGCUCCAGGCCAAGUUGGCGGAGGAGCGCCCAGAGGCACCACGCGUGAUCGGGCUCAAGGUUCUCAGAACUGCCCAGCACGAGGCGCAGGCGCUGAACCCGUCCGCGGUCGCUGCGGCCGCCUGCGGCGCGCUCUGCGCGGGCGAAGCACUGACGGCACGGCAGGCGGCGAAAGUGGCCUCCGAGGGUGGCUGCUUGCCCUUCGUGGCUGCGAUGCUGCUGCAAGGAGAUGAGCUGAUUCUGGACUAUGACAUUCCACUCGAGGAAGCACUGGGAGACGGCGAGUGCUUUGAGGCCGUCUUCGAGGUGCAGGGCGACUCUUCCUCCGCAGCCCGCGCAGCGCAGCAGGCCCUGUCCCCCGCCAGCCGGGGCUUCGCGGAAGUGUCGCGCAACACCAUCCAGGACUUCGAGAUCGUUCGCGUUGUCGGGGUCGGCGGAUCCGGGCGCGUGUUGCAGGCACGGCACAAGCCCACAGGGCAGUACCGGGCCGUCAAGGUGAUGAGCAAGGAGCGGCUCUUCCAGCAGGAGCAGCGGCUCCAGCGGGUCAUCACUGAGAAGCGCAUAUUGGCGCGACUCCAGCAUCCUUUCGUCGUCUCUCUCCACUGGGCUUUUCAAACCACUACGCACCUUUUCCUGGUCCUGGACUUCUGCGGUGGUGGUGAGCUGUUUUUCCACAUGCUACAGCGAGGUCGCUUCGAGGAGGCCGACGGCAAGUUCUACUUUUGUGAGAUCUUGCUGGGACUGGAGUACUUGCACUCCCAACAGGUUCUCUACCGUGAUCUCAAGCCUGAGAACUGCUUGCUGGAUGAUGAAGGUCACAUACGGCUGACCGACUUCGGAUUGUCCAAGGACAACCUGACCAACUCGGCGCUCUUCACGUCCUUCGUGGGCACGGCCGGCUAUCUCAGCCCGGAGAUGGUGGCCCGGCAGGGCCAUGGACUGCCGCUGGACUACUACUGCCUCGGCUGCCUGCUCUACUGCCUCCUCACCGGCUCGCUCCCGCACUACGAGGGCGACUACAAGGCCAUGAUCCAGAAGCGUGUGAAAGGCGAGCCAGUUCAGUUUCCGCCCUGGGUGAACACCAACGCGCAAACGCUGCUCUCAGGCUUGCUGGAGCCAGAUCCGGUUCCCCGCCGCGUUUGGAUACGCCGUGUUGAGCACUCUGGGCCCUGA